AGUGUUAGCUGUAGCUUGACGCUGGUUUGCGGAGAACGCGCAGAGCCGCUGCCGCACACGGAGCGACGCUGACGGACUCGGUGUGACUGACUUUGGAUUUUUGUGGUUUGUGGAGCAGCGUGGGCACUGGAAACAGGGAGAAACAGCCGGAAAACAGAUAUUUAAGUCGGUUUGGAACGGCGGAAUGGCGGACCGGGACCCGGUGCCGCUUCCUGCGGAGGUGCGGGCCAAACUGGCCGAGCUGGAGCUGGAGUUAUCCGAGGGUGACAUCACACAGAAGGGCUAUGAGAAGAAGCGAUCCAAGCUGAUUGGAGCCUACUUACCUCAAGCACCAGGAAUGGAUCCGUCCAUGGGCCAGGAGAGGAGAACGCCCGUCACCCCGUCGUCGUCCUCCCGCUACCACCGCCGGCGGUCUUCUGGCUCCAGAGACGAACGUUACCGAUCAGAUGUGCACACGGAGGCGGUGCAGGCAGCCCUGGCAAAGCACAAAGAAAGAAAGAUGGCGGUGCCGAUGCCUUCGAAGAGGCGGUCGCUUGUGGUCCAGAGCUCCAUGGACGCCUACACACCACCAGACACCUCCUCAGGCUCAGAGGGCGAAGGUCAGGGGGACGGUGAUGAAGAAGAGGGAGGAGAAGGUGAAGAAGAAGACGGAGGAGGCGGCGGAGGAACCUCGUCCAGCCAGGAAGGGAGCAUAAGCAUGGAGCACUGGAUCAGCAGGGCAAUCCACGGCACCUCCUCCACCACCACCACCACCACCUCUUCAACAGCCUCCUCGUCCUCGUCCUCCACACGCAGCGGCGGGAGCGGGGCAGCGGCCGGCAGGCUGGCUGACGUGCUGGCCCAGCAUGUUCACAUUUCCUCCUCGCACCACCACCGCCACCACCAUCGCCACCACCACCACAGUAAAGAGAACCACUCUGCCCCUCCAGAUGUCACCGGCUACACCAACAAUACCGCCAACACCACCGCGACCGACGCCAUCCAGGUGGAGAGAGCCCCAGGCGCUGGCACCGCAGCCCAAAGACAGACGCCCAAGUACGGCAACGCGGAGCUGAUGGAAACUGGAGACGGUGUUCCAGUCAGCAGCAGAGUUUCAGCCAAAAUACAGCAACUCGUCAACACUCUGAAGAGACCCAAACGGCCGCCAUUAAGAGAGUUUUUCGUCGAUGACUUUGAAGAGCUUUUGGAGGUCCAACAGCCAGACCCUAACCAGCCCAAGGCUGAAGGGGCACAGAUGGUACCCAUGCGGGGUGAGCAGCUGGGCGUGGUGACCAACUGGCCCCCUUCUCUGGAGGCAGCCCUUCAGAGGUGGGGCACCAUCUCUCCGAAGGCCCCGUGUCUCACUACCAUGGAUACUAACGGCAAGCCGCUCUACGUCCUCACAUAUGGUAAACUGUGGUCCAGAAGUGUGAAGGUGGCGUACAAUCUGCUGCACAAACUGGGAACCAAACAAGAACCGCUCGUGAGACCUGGAGACCGGGUGGCGCUAGUUUUCCCUAACAAUGACCCCGCCUCCUUCAUGACAGCCUUCUAUGGCUGCCUGCUGGCUGAGGUGGUUCCUGUGCCAAUAGAAGUACCGCUGACCAGGAAGGACGCCGGCAGUCAGCAGAUUGGGUUUCUGUUGGGGAGCUGUGGAGUGACUGUAGCUCUGACCAGUGACGCCUGCCAUAAAGGGUUACCCAAGAGUCCCACUGGAGAGAUCCCACAGUUCAAAGGCUGGCCGAAGGUGAUGUGGUUCGUCAUGGAGUCCAAACACCUCUCCAAACCACCCCGAGACUGGUUCCCACACAUCAAGGAAGCCAACCAGGACACUGCCUACAUCGAGUAUAAGACGUGUAAGGACGGCAGCGUCCUCGGAGUGACGGUGAUGAGGAUAGCGAUGCUCACGCACUGCCAGGCCAUCACACAGUCCUGCUCAUACACAGAAGCUGAGACCAUUGUGAAUGUACUAGACUUCAAGAAGGAUGUAGGACUGUGGCACGCCAUCCAGACAAGUGUGAUGAACAUGAUGCACGUCAUCAGUAUUCCCUACGCCCUCAUGAAGGUCAACCCGCUGUCCUGGAUCCAAAAAGUCUGCCAGUACAAAGCUAAGGUGGCCUGUGUGAAGUCGCGGGAUAUGCACUGGGCUCUGGUGGCCCACCGGGAUCAGCGGGAUGUCAAUCUGAGCUCCCUGCGGAUGCUUGUGGUGGCUGAUGGUUCAAAUCCCUGGUCGAUCUCGUCUUGUGACGCCUUCCUCAACGUCUUCCAGACGAAAGGUUUGAAGCCGGAGGUCAUCUGCCCGUGCGCCAGCUCCCCCGAGGCGCUGACUGUGGCUAUACGCAGGCCGCUGGAGGAGGGCACCACCCCUCCUGGUCGCGGCAUCCUGUCCAUGCAGGGUCUGAGUCACGGCGUGAUCCGGGUCGACUCGGAGGAGAAGCUGUCGGUGCUCACGCUGCAGGACGUCGGCUCCGUCAUGCCCGGAGGUCUGAUGUGUGUAGUGAAGCUCGAAGGUGUUCCCCAGCUCUGUAAAACAGACGAGAUCGGAGAGAUGUGCGUUUGUACUGUUGCCACGGGGACCUCCUAUUACGGCCUGGCCGGUAUGACCAAGAACACGUUCGAGGUCUUUCCCGUGUCCAACAACGGCACUCCCAUCAGCGAGUUCCCCUUCACCAGGACCGGCCUGCUGGGAUUCAUCGGACCUGCAGGUCUGAUCUUUGUUGCUGGGAAGAUGGACGGUCUGAUGGUGGUCGGUGGGCGUCGGCACAAUGCUGACGACAUUGUUGCUACGGCGCUGGCUGUGGAGCCCAUGAAGUUCGUUUACAGAGGACGGAUAGCAGUGUUUUCCAUCACGGUGCUCCAUGAUGAGAGGAUCGUGGUCGUGGCUGAGCAGCGGCCGGACUCGACUGAGGAGGACAGCUUUCAGUGGAUGAGUCGAGUUUUGCAGGCGAUAGACGGUAUCCACCAGGUGGGGGUGUACUGCCUGGCUCUGGUCCCCUCCAACACUCUGCCCAAGACUCCACUGGGUGGCAUCCACCUGUCCGAGACCAAGCAGCUCUUCCUGGAGGGGGCGCUGCACCCCUGCAACGUGCUCAUGUGUCCGCACACCUGCGUAACGAACCUGCCCAAACCCCGGCAGAAGCAGCCAGAGAUCGGUCCUGCGUCUGUGAUGGUCGGGAAUCUGGUGUCGGGAAAGAGGAUCGCCCAGGCCAGCGGCAGGGAUCUGGGUCAGAUCGAAGACAAUGACCAGGCAAGGAAGUUCCUCUUCCUGACAAACUUGGGAUGUUUUAAAAUGAGGAAUGAAGGACGCGGAAUCGACCUCAUCGUGGCGUUUUAUGGCUGCCUUUACGCCGGCUGUGUGCCAAUCACGGUGCGGCCGCCUCACCCGCAAAACAUCGCCACCACGCUGCCCACCGUCAAGAUGAUCGUGGAGGUAAACCAACUCUGUGACGGCUCUAAUCACUACUCUGUGGUUAAAGUAUUUGAGAAAAACGUGAAUGAUAAUGUAGGUGCAAGUCACCGCCCCCUCUACACCUCACUUCCUGUUUUCUUAAUGUCUCACACAGCCACCAGUGCCUUCUGCCGCUCCAUCAAGCUGCAGUGUGAGCUUUACCCGUCCAGAGAGGUCGCCAUCUGCUUGGACCCGUACUGCGGCCUGGGCUUUGUCCUCUGGUGCCUUUGCAGUGUGUACUCAGGUCACCAGUCCAUCCUGAUCCCUCCGUCCGAGCUGGAAGUGAACCCGGCUCUCUGGCUGUCAGCCGUCAGUCAGUACAAAGUUCGCGACACCUUCUGCUCCUACAGCGUCAUGGAGCUCUGCACCAAAGGCCUCGGCCUGCAGACGGACUCGCUGAAGGCUCGAGGGCUGGACUUGUCUCGAGUGAGGACCUGCGUGGUUGUAGCAGAGGAGCGUCCCAGGAUAGCCCUGACGCAGUCCUUCUCCAAACUCUUCAAGGACCUGGGACUCCACCCCCGAGCCGUCAGCACCUCCUUCGGCUGCAGGGUCAACCUGGCAAUCUGCCUGCAGGGCACCUCAGGACCUGACCCCACAACUGUUUAUGUUGAUAUGAGGGCGCUGCGACAUGACAGGGUCAGACUCGUAGAGCGGGGAUCGCCACACAGCCUGCCACUGAUGGAGUCCGGGAAGAUCCUGCCGGGGGUCAGAAUCAUCAUCGCCAACCCAGAGACCAAGGGACCAAUGGGAGAGUCGCAUCUGGGAGAGAUCUGGGUGCACAGUGGCCACAACGCCAGCGGUUACUUCACCGUCUACGGGGACGAGGCGCUGCAGUCCGACCAUUUCAACUCCAGGCUCAGCUUUGGAGACACGCAGACCGUCUGGGCUCGGACCGGAUACCUGGGCUUCCUGCGCAGGACGGAGCUCACCGACGCCAGCGGAGAGCGCCACGAUGCCCUGUACGUGGUCGGCGCUUUGGAGGAAGCCAUGGAACUCAGAGGGAUGCGUUACCACCCCAUCGACAUCGAGACCUCUGUCAUCAGGACGCACAAGAGCAUCACAGAGUGCGCGGUGUUCACGUGGACCAACCUGCUGGUGGUGGUGGUGGAGCUGGACGGUUCGGAGCAGGAGGCCCUGGACUUGGUCCCCCUCGUCACCAACGUGGUGCUGGAGGAGCACUACCUGAUCGUGGGCGUGGUGGUGGUGGUGGACAUCGGCGUCAUCCCCAUCAACUCCAGAGGGGAGAAGCAGAGGAUGCACCUGCGGGACGGCUUCCUGGCCGACCAGCUGGACCCAAUCUAUGUGGCCUACAACAUGUAGCGCCCCCUGGUGGCUGAAGAAUUAUUGAGGAAGAUGCAAAGACAAUUCUGCUCCAGAGACCCAAGGAAGGAAAAGCGGAGCCGAGGCAGAGUUUCCGGCACCAGGGGGAGGUGGUGGUCGACUUUUUUGCCCUGAAUUUUGGUGCUUACUCCCAGGCUGCGUAACCGCUGCAAACUAGCUCCCAGAAUCCAGCGCUGGCAUCUAGAUUGCAUUCAGGUCAUGCUCAGUCUGAGAGGAAGUGCGGUCCCCGGGUCGUGCCGACUGUUUACCAAAAAGUGGAAAACUCGCAGCAGUAGAGGACAAUCGUUAGGAAAGAUCCCGGCUUUUAAAGUGCGUGUGGCUCACUCUCUAUUUUCAUGUUAUUUGCUUUCCUUAGGCUAUUUUUUUGAAAAGGAUA